AUGAGUGUGGUCUGGGCAAGCGUUGUACAGGGAGCCUGUGUCUGGAUUCUGGGCUUAUUUCUUUAUUUCCACCAGUGGAGACUUGCAUCGAUGCAGCGACGAGGAGAUGGACAGCAUGGAUUGCUAGGAUUGUGUUUUCUCUGUUGCUUGUUUUUGAUCAUGCUGUAG